UGCAUGUGUUGUUGUUUACGCAAAUUGUUUACGGAAAUUAUUUAUUUACCGCAGGGGAAGUGAUUUUUUCGUCAUGGAUUUCGACAGUCCCGAGGAGAAGGAGUUCCCCGGGCUGUAUGCCUCGGAGGCGGCGGAUGCCAAGUCGAAGAAGAGCAAGGAGGAGAGCGACUUCAGCGAGGAUCACGAACACAGCAAGAAGGACCUGUUGAUUGGCCGGCGCAAGGACAAGAAGGAUAAGGGCAAGGAUCGUGGAUAUGCCGCUCUGGGUGGUGAGAGCUCGCCGGAGGAGGAGCUGGACACCAAGAGUCCCUCCAAGUCCAAAAAGUCCAAGACCUUUAAGUUCACCAGUUCCAAGAGCAAGGAGAAGCGCGAGAAGUCACGCGACAAGUCCGAAAAGGAAGCCAAGCAUCCGGAGGAGGAUCCUCCCCCGGCCCCCAAGGCCAAGGACAAGAAGGCCGACAAGAAGGACAAAAAGGACAAGAAGAGCAAGCAGCUGUCGCAGCAGCAGGACGAGGCCUCCGCCGCAGAGGAGGUGCUGGCACUCGGAUAUCCCGUGUUCGGGGUAUCCGUCAGUCUGGCCAUUGAACGAUCCCGCUGCCACGAUGGCGUGGACAUACCCCUGGUUGUGCGCGACUGCAUUGAUUACCUGCAGGAUCACCUGAAGUGCGAGCAGAUAUACAAGAUUGAGCCCAUCAAGACGCGUCUGAUGCACUACAAGCGGUUGUACAACAACCGGGAGCACGACUCCGCCGUUGAUGAGCUCAACCUGCCCACCGCCUGCAGUCUGCUGAAGCUCUUCCUGCGCGAGCUCCCGGAACCGCUGCUGACCACCGAUCUGGUCGCGCGCUUUGAGCAGGUUGCCUCCCAUUCGAAGGUCACCAAGCAGCAGGCAGAGCUGCAGCAGCUGCUCGAGCAAUUGCCCAAGUGCAACCGCACUCUGUUGGCGUGGGUGCUGCUCCACUUCGAGGCGGUGAUCCAGCAGGAACGGUACAACAAGCUCAACGCCCAGUCGCUGGCCAUGCUGCUCAGUCCGACGCUCCAGAUGUCCCACCGACUAAUGGUGGCCCUUCUCUGCCACUGCAGCACCUUGUUCGCAGACGUCAAGCUGAUAAAGUAUGUGCCCCCGCUCACAUCGGCUAGCCCAAAUUUUCCGGAUACACGGGAGGACAUCCAGAAGGAGUUGAGCAAGCAGGACAGCCUUUUGUCCCAGAUACACAGCGAAAUGAAUGCUGGAUUUAUCACCAAGAAACGGGAAGAGCAACUCUGGGAAGUCCAACGCAUUAUUACUCAGCUCAAGCGGAAGUUGCGCACCUUUGAAAAGAAGCAGGAAAAGUCCGUGGAUGAAUUGGACAACAGCAGCAGCGCUCCGCCCACGGUAGCCAGUGAAGACACCACGGAUUCCAAGCCAACAGUCGCCCCAGUAGAUUCCACUAGCAACAGUAUUUCCCUCGAAGAGCCAAAAGCGGAGGCGCGACUCUCAAAACAACCCCCCAUCGAGUUUUCUAUUGAUCCCGGCACUGGCUUCAUUUUACUACCCAAGUCUAAUCCGCACCGCGAGAAUUUACUGCGACUUCAAAUCGAAUAUGACGAGCUGAUGGACUGGCAGAACGAACUUAAGGCUCGAAUCGUUGCUGAGCGCAAAGAAGUCCACAGGCUCAAGCAGUUGUACGAGCAGCAGUCGAUCAACAGCCAAAUGGCCGCGUUGGCAGUAGAGUCGCAGGCCCCUCCGGAGUCCGACUAUGAGCGAAUAAUUGAGCAUUACACACGCGAAAACGCGCUGCUGGAGCACAAGAAGAACAUGCUGGGCAUGGAGCUGAAGGAGGAACGGCGCGCCUGCAUAGCCCUGCAAGUGGAGCUGCGACUGCAGCAGUUUUAAUGUAUUAAAAUGAUUAAUGUAUUACUAGGAUGGGUCAUUUUGCGGUAAAUCUUAUCCCAGAAACUAAAUGCUCCCUUUCCAAAGCAACGAAAUUGACUUUGACAUGCAUUCAUAAGAGUUCAAGUUCUACUAUUAUUAAACUAUAUCUAAUUUUACAUUUUUAGUUAGGAAAAAAACAUAAGAAAACUGUUUAGAUCUAAAAAUUAAAAUUUUUGGAAAGGGCUAA